AUGAAAGCGAUCAAGAUAACUACGAACCACACCGCAGAGGUGCAAGAAACCUCGACUCCGAAUUUGCGAGAUGAUUGUGUGUUGAUCCGAGUUAAAGCGGUGGCGGUCAAUCCUAGCGAUGCAAAAAUCAUUGAUCGCCACGGUAGUGGAGGGGAGACAGUUGGGAUCGAUCUUUGCGGCAGCAUUGAAAAAGUUGGCUCCAAAGUCGAUAGACCAUGGAAGAAAGGGGAUCGCAUAGCCACCAUCUCACACGGUUGUAACACCGACCGGCCUGAAGAAGGUGCCUUUGGCGAGUACGCGCUCUCCAAAGGAAAUUUGGGUCUACAAGUCCCAUCAUUCCUUAGCGAUACGGAAGCUGCAUCUCUUCCACAUGCCAUAAACAGCUGUGGUCAAGCGCUAUAUCAUUUUCUAGGCCUUCCUCUGCCUGACUCGUCGAUUGAAGUGGUCCCCCUAGCUGCAGACCCUCCUCAAUGGAUCCUGAUUUAUGGAGCAAGCACUUCAAUGGGCACUCUUGCAAUACAAUUCGCUCGAUUAUCGGGCUUUAGGGUCGUCGCAAUUUGCUCACCACAUAAUUUUUCUCUGGCCCUUGACCGCGGCGCCGAGAAGACGUUCGACUACCACAGCUCUACAUGCGCCCAGGAGGUCCGUCACUAUACUUCUGACAGCCUCCAACACGUCUUUGAUUGCAUCAGCACGAGUUCUAGUGCCGCCAUCUGUGAGGCCUGCAUUUCUAGUUGUGGUGGUGCGAUUGCCUCCGUCCUGCCGGUGAAGUACUCUCGUAAAGACAUAAAGAGCAAAAAAAAUUCAGGUUAUACUUCCUUCGGAGAGCCAUUUACGCAGUUCGGUGUACACACCCCUGUCAUCCCGGAAGAUGUCGCAUUCGCAAGGAAAAAUUACGAGCUGGCUCAAGAACUACUGGAGAAGGGGUUAAUAAAGCCGCACCCUGUACGGCUUGGAGAAGGUGGAUGGGAAGGAGUAUUAGGUGGGAUUGACCAGCUUCGCAAGGGUUUAGUUAGUGGAGUCAAGCUGGUAUACUCCGUAUCCUAA